AAGCGCACGCACACUUACUUUUCCCAAUUUACCGUGGCGGGCGGAGCUGAGACGCAAGACUUUCCCGCGCUGGAUAGGGCGUGGCCGCCUUGGCCUGGCCCUGCCCCCACUCCCCGCUCGGCCCCGCCCCCUCAGGUUGAUGGCAGCAGCAGCUGGGACCGCAGCGGAGCGGGCAGCUGAGAGCCGCAGGCAGCGGCCGGAACGCGCGACCCAGUGCUUGGCCCUGGACGCACCGACGCCUCCCUCGGCCCCCCGCGUACCCCGGCCCGCUCCGCAGAGGAGUCGCAGCGUGACCACCCCCGCCCGGCUUAGGACCAGGACCGUUCAGCCCUGUGUCAGCCCCCAGUAUUCCCCCUAGCCUGUGUGUCUAAGAAGUGGAGAGACGCCCGCCUUUGUACCACAGAUCGAACAACAUUUGACAGUUCACAGGAUUAAAGAGGACCGACGUGCUGCUAAGGCUCUGAUAGCCCCUGACUUUGCCCGAGCCAUGAGCCGACGUGUGGUUCGGCAAAGCAAGUUCCGCCAUGUGUUUGGGCAGGCGGCAAAAGCCGACCAGGCCUAUGAGGACAUCCGGGUAUCCAAGGUCACGUGGGACAGCGCCUUCUGUGCGGUCAACCCCAAGUUUCUGGCUAUUAUUGUGGAGGCUGGAGGUGGUGGUGCCUUCAUUGUCCUGCCUCUGGCCAAGACAGGACGAGUGGAUAAGAACUACCCACUGGUCACUGGGCACACUGGCCCUGUCCUGGACAUUGACUGGUGCCCACACAAUGACAACGUCAUCGCCAGUGCCUCAGACGACACCACUGUCAUGGUGUGGCAAAUUCCAGAUUACACCCCUGUGCGGAACAUCACAGAACCUGUCAUCACACUGGAGGGCCACUCCAAGCGUGUGGGCAUCCUGUCUUGGCAUCCUACUGCCAGGAACGUUCUGCUCAGUGCAGGUGGUGACAAUGUGAUCAUCAUCUGGAAUGUGGGCACCGGCGAGGUACUGCUGAGCCUGGACGACAUGCACCCUGACGUCAUCCACAGCGUGUGUUGGAACAGCAAUGGUAGCCUGCUAGCUACCACCUGCAAGGACAAGACCCUGCGCAUUAUAGACCCUCGGAAGAGUCAAGUGGUUGCGGAGCGAGCCCGGCCUCACGAGGGCGCCCGCCCGCUGCGGGCCGUCUUCACCGCAGACGGGAAGCUGCUCAGCACCGGCUUCAGCAGGAGCAGUGAGCGGCAACUCGCACUCUGGGACCCGAACAACUUCGAAGAGCCAGUGGCCCUGCAGGAGAUGGACACCAGCAACGGAGUGCUGCUGCCGUUCUAUGAUGCCGACUCCAGCAUCGUCUACUUGUGUGGCAAGGGUGACAGUAGCAUUCGGUACUUUGAAAUUACCGAAGAACCGCCUUUCGUGCAUUAUCUGAACACAUUCAGCAGCAAAGAGCCGCAACGGGGCAUGGGUUUCAUGCCCAAGCGGGGACUGGAUGUCAGCAAAUGUGAAAUCGCCAGGUUCUACAAGCUACACGAACGGAAGUGUGAACCCAUCGUCAUGACGGUACCGAGAAAGUCAGACCUGUUCCAGGAUGAUCUAUACCCGGACACGCCUGGCCCUGAGCCAGCCCUGGAAGCUGAUGAGUGGCUAUCAGGCCAGGAUGCAGAACCUGUGCUCAUUUCGCUGAAGGAAGGCUACGUACCCCCCAAACAUCGUGAGCUCCGGGUCACCAAACGCAACGUCCUAGAUGUGCGCCCUCCAGCGGCUGGCCCCCGGCGCAGCCAGUCAGCCAGUGAAGCCCCCCUGUCGCAGCAGCACACCCUGGAGACACUGUUGGAGGAGAUCAAGGCCCUUCGUGAGCGGGUGCAAGCCCAGGAAGAACGCAUUACAGCUUUGGAAAACAUGCUGUGUGAACUGGUGGAUGGCACGGACUAGCACUGCGUGUGUGCCGGGAAGCUCUGCACACUGCUGACGCGGUGGGGUAGGACACACCGACUGGCAGCACCGAUUUUUGGUCUGGGACUCCUCAGCACCCUGCCUCCUGGGGUUGGAAUUAGGGGUGAAACCAGAAAAGAAACUCCAUCCCCCCACAGGAGGCUAGACACUCAGAUC